AUUUGUCAGUUUUCUAUCUGUUGUAUCGUCGAUCUAUUCAGACGAUUUAUAGCCUGUGUGUGGCCUGCACAAGGGUAGUUUGAGGGGCUUAGAAACGACAAACAACAAACGCCCAUUCACAAGCAACAUUCUCUCAAUCGUGUGCCAACAUUGAAAAGUCGAUUGCCAACGCCAACGUUAAAUAGCUGACUUUUUGUCCAUAUUUGCAAACUUUGCUGCUUUAUCGGCUCCAUACACAAAUUUAUAGUGUUCAGUUGUUGCUGGUAGUUGAAUUGUUAAAAGAACAUUUCGACUCUGAGUUAGUAACUUGCGCUAGUUCAGUGCUACAAUCUACAUUCACGUCUAGUAGAGAAUAAUCAAUUAUUUUUUAUUUGUGUUGUGCCUGCAACGCAGUGAAAAAGUAUCCAAACUGUUGAAUUUGCCGCAGUUAUACUUGCAAACCUCAUCGUCAUCAUCUCAUAGUGCACGGAGUAGCAACAUGCCAGUACACGAAUUUAGAGUGGAAAUGACGUGUUCAGGAUGUGCGAACACCGUUGAGCGCGUUUUAAACAAGUUGGGCGCGGAAAAAGUGGAGAAAAUUAGCAUUGAUCUCGACUCAAAAACGGUGCUGGUGACAUCGAAUCUGACAUCCGAUGAGUUACUGGAAACCAUCAAGAAGACUGGCAAAUCGACACAAUAUGUCGGAGUAAAAGAAUGAAAUGAACUUUUUUGUAAGUUUCGCAAAAUUGCCAAAUUAAAACUGGAAGUUUAAUGGCAAAUAUACAAUGAUUGUGGCAGACGCAAUAAAUGUCAGCGGUCAAUGGCCAAUUAUUUUAUGAAAAAUUUUAAACGAUCCACAAUGUUAUUACGGAAUAAAAUUUCAGGAAGAAUAGCUAAAUAUGUAAAUUAAAUUGUAAUUAAAAAUAAAAUACAACUUUUGAAAUUAUAGAAAGAACAAAGUAAAACCAAAUACAUGUAGGACAUUUUAAAAGCCGCUCUCGUUAAAGAAGCUCGUAUUUAAUUAACGAUUUCUAGUUACAUUUAAUAUAAAUUACAAAUUUUCAAUAUACAAAAACAAAAAAAAAAAAUUAAAAUUGCACAUGAGAAUGUAUUUAAAAUGAAAUUAAGAUAAUUACAAAGGAUAAAGUCGAUUUACAGGAAAAUCUAUAUGAAAUAAAUAUAUUUACUGUCAAUUUUGAAAAAUAAUGUUAACAAAUUGUUUAUAACAAAAGUCUAUUUAAAUUUCUCUAAUUAAAAUUAGUAAGGACUUAGAUGAUUCGAGAAACCCAUAAGAGAUUAAUUGCCAUAUGGGCUAGAUAUUUCUAAUUUUAAAGUGUUGCUUAAUUAGAAAAUUAUCGAAAUAUGUAUGCCAAACAAAUAUAUAUAAACUUUUGCAUAAAAUAUGCGUUCAAUAUAUUACAAAGUGUUAACGUAAGAUCUUUAAAAUAUAUCAAAAUGCACACCUUA